UUAAUCUCUUCCCUCCCUUCUUCCCACUCUCUCUACUUCUUCCUCUCCUCCCACAAGUCUAUAAUAACUUCCCUUUUUUUAUUAUUCUUUUUUCCUGUUCUCAGCUAUCCUCCUCCUCCGUCCUUCGUCUUCUCUUUUCCCUUUUUCCCCCGUUGUCUCCCCGGAUUCGGCGGCCCUUGUGCCCGUGGUUUUGCUGCUGUCCUCUCGUGAGGGUGCAGCUGUGAUCAUUUCCACUACCGACGACCUCUUUUUACCCGUUCAGGUCAGCCACACUUUGUCGUCCCCACCGUCGACGUCGGAAAUUCCUUCAAUCUCCUCUAUUAUUUAAUUGCUCCGUUUUGGAGAUACAUCAACACUACCAGAAGAUAUGUCUGAAGUUCAAACACGGCCUUCUGCCUCUCGAGGCAGAGUAUCCGCUCGUGGUGGUCGAGGUGGCUAUAGCUCCAGAGGUGGUCGCGGAGGCAGCAGAUCGGCCAAGGCAGACACCUCAGACCAGACCACAUUCGAAGAUGAAGGAGAGAUUGGUCAGAUGAAAAAGAAAUACUCGAACGAUCUGCCCACACUGAAGGAAUUGUUCCCUGACUGGACCGAUGAGGAUCUCGUUUUUGCUCUGGAAGAUGCCGACGGCGUACUCGAGGAUGCUAUUGAGCGCAUUACUGAAGGCAACGUCUCACAGUGGGGUGAGGUGAAAAAGAAGACGACCGACCGGAACCGCUCCAAGGCCAAGGAGGCUCAGAGCACCCCGACCGAGGCAACCACAAGUUCCGUUCGAUCAGGCCGUGGACGUGGCGGAUUCGAGGGUCGUGGACGUGCCCGUGGAGAUCGUGGUCGUGGUGGCCGUGGCGGCCGAGCUGGAGCUGUUAGUGCUAACGGGGCACGCGCCGAGAAGCCCGUUGUCACUGCCACGGUGGAUGUUGUGGAGACAACGAUCGUUCCCGAGAAAUCGAUCGAGGUCGGAACUACCAUUGUCGACGCCGAUACGACCACCGACGCUGUCAAAGAGGCCCCGAAGGCCAACGCAAUGCCGGAUGGCACCAAGAAAGGUUGGGCGAGCCUGUUCGCAAAGCCUGCGCCGCCUCCGCAAAAGAAGCCCGCAGUCACACCUACGCCUGCGCCUGUCCCAGCUCCCGCUCCCGCCGAAGAACAACAGCCUGCCGCUGAGCCAGCAGCGGAGCAGAAAGCAGCCGAAUCUGUCCCUGCUCCUGCCCCCAAAGGACCUGAACCUGUCCUUCCUAAGCAGCCUGUUGAAGUCCCGGUUACUCCUUCCACUUCACACAUCACUCCUCCCAAGGAUGGUCUGACCAAGACAAACCUCGAACAAAUCCCCGAUGUUUCACCUCCCGCUCCCACAGCCACUGCGACUAGCACAGUGGGCAGCACGCUUGAUGCCAACAGCAUCGCGGCUGUCUCUACCCCCGCUCGUCAAGCUGCUCAAGCUGCCUUCCCUUCGAGUGUAUUCAAGUCCGGCGCUCGGGCCCCCGGAUCGCAGCGUCGUGUCAUGGAACAGCAAGAAGCUGUAGUCAUGCCUGGAAACCACGCCGUUGAUCGUGCGGCUGUGCAGUUUGGCAGCAUGGGUCUGAACGGCGAUGCUGCCGAUGUCGAUAUUGACGAGAACAGAGAAAACGCUGAAACCCGUGCUCAGCCCCCUCAACACUCUCCCGUCGCCCCUCGUGCCUCUCUACCUCCUUCCACUCAGGCCCAGCCGUCCACCGAGACUCCUACUGUUUCCCGUCCGGCUCCCGGACUUCCUCCUGUCCCACAAGUCUCCGCUGCCGAUUCCUCUUUCACCGAUUUUGCCCGCUAUACCGAGGCCCAGAAGCCUUACGACCCGUUCUCUCAGCAGGUCACCCAGCCUCAACCCCAAGUGCAGGAGCCAUUCGCAAACCAGGCCCCCGUCCAGCCCACUGUCACAUCCGGCAGCGAAUACUCUCCUUUCUACGCUGUUGACCAGCGCCUCCCUUACAACUACUAUGGCACCUACGGCCAGUCCCAGGAUGCCUCUGUGGCUCAAAGGGCGGCGGCUGGUUUCGGUGUCUCCGGCGCUGAGGUGCAGCCCCAAGCUCCCACCACUCAGCCUCCCAGCCGCUAUGGCCAUGUCGAUGCUCCUAGCAGCGGUCACAACACCCCGAACCCAACCCUCCCCGCCGCUACUCAAACCCCAACUGCGCAGCACAUGCCUGGUCAAGGUGCCGCUCAUGCGUACGGUUACGGAUACCCCUACUACUCCAACCCUCACUAUGCUUCGUACAUGAGCCAGAUGACUCAGCACCAGUACGGAAGAAACCGACCCAUGUACGACGAUGCUCGCCGCUAUGAUGACCAACACUACAUGCCGCACAGCACUCAGUAUGGAUACGGCAAUCAGUAUGGCCCAUAUGGCAAGGCUGGUAUGUAUGGCCAGCCGCACGGUUUCUCCUACGACCACUCCUCCUCGCCUGCUACCGCGGGUAGCUUCAACCAAUCUGCUCCCGGCCGUGACUCCGUCUAUGGACGCACUGGAUCCACGCAGCCUUCUGAGACCCAACAGACCGCCGCUGGCACCAACGCCUUUGCCGCGGGCAUGUCGGACGUAUUUGGCCGCACACAGGCUAGUUUCGGCCAAAACCAGCCCAUGUCCCAGCAGCCUCCGGUGACCUCGGAGGAGACGAAGAGCUUCGAGACACCUAAGGCGGCCGGGCCCAGCCCUCCCUGGCGCAGGCCAACCGUCCCGGCUCUGCCACUAACAGCGCAGACUGGCCUUCCCCCUCUUCAAGGCCAGCAGGGACAGCAGGGAUUCGGUGGAUACCCUCAUCUGAACCCCCAGUACAGCAGUGGACUGGGUGGACUUGGCGGACACCAGGCUGGUGCCACAGGCCAGACACACCACCAGGCUACCGGUUACGGUAACUACGGAGGCGCAGGUUUCGCUAACUAUUACGGAAAUACUGGACGCGGUGGCUGGGGAGGCAAUUACGGCCAUUAA